UCUAGUUACGAUGGCAGACGACACGAGAAGGGGGCGCUGACGAUGAAAGAAUGAGUAGAUCUGAAGCCUCCGUCGGUACAGUAUCUCCAGGGAAGCCAAACGACAGGGACGGAAAGCCUUUAUUCAUACAGUAUUUUCAGGUGAGCCAAACUUGACGACAGGGAAGAAAAUUGGAAAGGUUUUCAAUCCAAAAUGGCGACUGGACGACAUUACAGCUCAGACUUGCGUUUGUCCUGCAGUCUGUGCAUGGAGUCCUAUCGUGGUCGCACUCCCAAGCUGCUGCCUUGUUUUCACACUUUCUGUCUGCCGUGUCUGGAGAAAUCGUCGUCACCGCAACGUCCAAGAAAUCGGCUUCACACGCAGACGACAGUCCAGUCAAAGAAAUGAAAGAAACAUGCGAAGAGGACAAGCAGAGCGAAGAUGAUUCUGAGGAGAAAACGACAAAACCUGAGCAAGAGAAAGACGAUGGCGAUGAUAAUACUUAUAGGAAAGGAUGGAGAGGAGAAAAAGUGACAUUUCAGUGUCCUACAUGUCGUGUCCUUGUUCCUGUCCCUGCUGGGGGAGUGAUCCAGUUUCAGACCAAUUUCUACGUGGACUUUGAUGACAAACCUGACGCCAGUCUAGACCUACCUGUAGAGUGUGACACGUGUGAGGACGGCAGCCGCGAGACAGCGACACACGAGUGCGGAGACUGUCGUCACAAGAUGUGCUCACGAUGCAGUCGUCUGCACGCCAUGUUUGCCAAGGGCCAUCGCGUGCGAUCCCUUGAUGCCCGUGAUGUUAGCAUGUCGUCUGCCCCCAUAGUCGUGAAGACAAGAGAGUGCCCGAGUCACGCUGGCCAAUCGCUGUGCUUCCACUGUCGUCAAUGUGACGUCAGCAUCUGCCUGCACUGUAAGCUGACGUCACACGAAGGUCACGCCACAGAAGAUUUUAUGGCGGCUGUCACACGAGCCAAAGGAGAGGUGACCAGACUUAUGGUGACUGCAAACCAACAGAUCCAAGUGCUAGAAGCUGUGCUUGGUAGUUUGGAGCGAGAUUCAAUGGAGUUAUCCCGCCAAAAACAGGAAAUGACGUCAAACGUGACUUCCAAAUACGAAGCGUUGGUGGCGUGGGCGACUCGUGCACGUGACGAGGCGCUGGAGGAGAUGGAGUGCGUGCAGCGUGCAGCACUGAAGGAGAUGGAGGCCGAGCGGAUUGUUGCGCGAGACACCAAACAGCUGCUGUCUCGACUCGCGACGCGUGCGGCCUCUUCCUGUCACACCGACGCCGACGCCGACAUCGUCCUGCACAAAUCGGAGCUGCAGGCGGCGCUGCUGGACGACGACGCUCUCACCCGAUACCGUCAACGGGGCAACAAGGAGGGUCACGUGACCUUCUUUAGGUGCAGGUCAGACGACAAAGCCGUGCAGCUAGACCAGGUACGAGACUUUGUGGGCAGACAAGAGGUUCAGGACCAGGACAAACAGGACAAGAUGGUGGUGAUGUCAAUGAGAGAACUCUCAGAAAAAGCUGUGGCGAUGACGAAGUCAAUGGAGGAUUUGGGGAUGAGCAUGACUAGAAUGAUAGAGAAUGCGAUAAGGCCGGUGUCAUUUAGAGUACGCCUGAGUACACCUGUUAAUGUGACGGCAGGAAAUCCUGUGAUAUUCGAUGUGGUCGACUUCAACGAAGGUGGAGGCUAUGACACAGCCACUGGUGUCUUCACGGCCCCCGUCAAUGGAACUUAUGUCUUUGUAGCCAACUUGUAUGUUCAGGGAGGCAAUGGUUAUGGCUAUUUAUCUCUAUCUGUGAAUGAUAAAUUAAUGAAUUUUAUGAAUGGUUCAAACAGCGUUGGCAUGAUGCACGAUAUUGUCAGUUUAAAAACCGGCCAGAAAGUAUUGCUCAUGCCAAACUCGACCUACACACUAAGCCAUAAUGAGCAGUACACUUUUUACACAGGUGCUUUACUGUGUGCCAGCAUAAGCAGUGAUACCACAAGUUAAUUUAUAGUUGAUUCUUUUGUAACACUUGUAAUUUUUGGUGACAAAGAAAGAUUAAAACAGUUGUUAUAUGAGACUUUUCUACGCUGAAAUAGUUCUGUUUUUCUCCUCCAACUUAAUACAAAAGUUUGGUUAGUCCUCGAUCAUCUCAUGAAAAAGCUGUAGUUACAUAGCGACUGAAUAUCUUCAAUCAGUCCAUAGAUUAUUUUGAUUUUCCUGAAAUCAUCUUUGUGGAGACAAGGCACUGCCGAUGACCUUUUUCAUAUCCUUUGGUGUCUCAGAUUAAGUACGUGAUUUUAUUUUAUUGUUUGGUUAGCUUUCUUUUGAUUACGUGGUUUUGUACUGAAAAAGAAACUUUAAUUCAGUAUAAAUUAUUUUUCUAUUCUGCUUAAUUUUAUUUUUGAACACUUAUCUGUAUGCUAGAUGAAAAUAUUUGUGCUCAGUUUGUUUCUCUCUCCCUAUCUCUCAUAUACGUGAACAAUAUAAGUUGUACGCAUCACUAAACAUCUCCUAAUUUAACACUCCUUUUUAUAAAUGCAUGCUAGGUAACGGCCAUACUUUUUAAGACUUGCUUUUCUUGCUUCGUUGUCUUAAUUUUUCAUGAUACUUUUUGCCAUAUUGUUCCAUUGAGUGCUGAUUUUUGGGGAGCUGCCUAUUAACCAUACUACCUUUGCUAUCUUUCUUCUUUUAGUAGGCUUGGUGUCAACAUUAUUAUUACAGAUUAACAGAUGUACAAGUUGUUAAUGGUGGUUCGUGUCCAUGUACAGUAUCUUAUAAAUAAAGCAAAAUGUAUCGGUG